CAACGGCCAAGAGACAUAAAUUAUUGCACAUCAACAUAGCCAGGAGGAGGUUGCUGAAGUAAAUCUGAAAUCAACAAACAGCCCCUUGAAAGAAAAACAACUCGUGACGUUUGCCGCCCUGUCUUGGCUUGCUUGACUUACAUUUCUUAAAAUUUAUAGCUUCUAACCCUAGACGCUUCGCAUAAUCUUAUAAAAGAUCCUCACUACCUCCAGCGGCCCGAUAUCUACUCCCGUCCCUUCCCGCGGCGGGAAAUUGCGCAGAUUUUAAAUAGGGAGAAAUUUUUCAGAAGGGAAUCAGCACAACUGUACAAUCACUUCAAAUUACCGAGGUGAUGUUUUACACACCUACAUCGUCCUCAUCUUUUGUUUCAUUCCUUUAUUAGCUCCCUAGACCCUUAACCAAAUCCAGUCUAAAUGCUUCGAUCUUCCAACGCUGAACAAGAUAAAAACUCGAUUUUUGAUUUCUGAUACUGAUAAUUUGCACAAAAAGAUGUCGGCUAAAUGGCGAGCCAUACAGCACAGACACCGUUACACCUACAAUUCGGUGCUUUUUCCAAAACCCUACAUCGAAACCCUCAAUCUCCUCCCCCAAGAAGCCUUUUCCUCCUUCAAUUUCUUCGCUAUAUUGAAGGAUUUCAUUUUUCUGAACUCCACUUACUCGCAAAUCUCUGCCGCGAAGGACCUAUCUUCAUCUUUUACCCAAUUGCUGAACUCACCAUAUAUACAGGAAGGCGUGGUCUCCACCGCCAUCCGACUUUAUCUUGAAAUACUCUUUCUUGAGAACUCCUUCCCUCUCCACCGAACCCUUAUCUCCCCUCUUUCCAAAAACAAGAAGUUUUUUUCAGUGAUCUGUAGCUGCUUUGUUGCUCUUUGCAAGGAGUAUGGGGAUUUAUGUAAAAAAGGGUUAAGGAGGUUUUUGGUUUCCCGAGCAGCUUUAUCUUUGAUGGGUUAUCCCAAAUUGGGAUUUUUAAAUGAAGCAGUGGAGAAAUGUUCGAUCUUGGUGGCAACUGAUAUUGCUUCUGGUUUGGCCGGCGUGAUUUUGGACGUUGAUCGUGGAUCUAGACCAUCUCCACUGGUGAUGGAGCAAUGCCAAGACGCCAUGUCUUGCUUGUACUACUUGCUUCAGAAGUUCCCACAUACCUUCUCGGUCCCAGAGGAGGAUUUCUACACAUUUGAAGAAAUUGUUGAUGUCAUAUUGAGUGUUUUGAAGUCAUCGGCCUUUUCAAGGGAUUGCUUGGUAGCUGCUGGUGUGAGCUUUUGUGCUGCAAUUCAGGCUCGUGUAAGAUCCGAGGAUGUCUCAUGUUUUCUAUCUAAAGCAGUCUUUGAUUUUUCUGGUGUAGAUAGAAAUAUCAUGGAGUUUGCUGGGAACUUGUGUUUUGAGAUACGAGGCUUCUCAAUUUUGAGCAGGCUUUGCUUGCUGAGAGGUAUACUAACUGCUGUAUCUAGGCCUGUGCUCAAUGUCAACUUCAAAUCAGCCAAUGGUAGUAUAUGGACUCUACUUUAUAAUGCAAUUUUGCCGGAGCUUUGCCAAUAUUGCGAAAAACCAAUUGACAGACAUUUCAAUUUUCAUGCAUUGACGGUUUUACAAAUUUGCUUACAGCAGAUGAAAACAUCAAUAUUGGUAGGUCUAACUAAUGUUUCAGGAGAUUAUGAUCCUCUUCCUGAGGAGAUGACAAGCCGCUUGCUUCGGGUUAUUUGGAAUAAUCUUGAAGAUCCUCUAAGUCAAACUGUAAAGCAGGUGCAUCUCAUAUUUGAUCUUCUUUUGGAUAUCAAAUUAUCUCUUCCAUCAAAAGAUGGCAAUGAGAAUAAUAGAGCCUUCUUGUGCAAGAUUGCUUUAGACCUUCUUCGGUUGGGAGCUCGUUGUAAAGGCAAGUAUGUGCCUUUAGCUUCUCUAGGAAAACGGUUGGGGUCAAAGUCUCUUCUAGAUUUAAAUCCAAACCUUCUUUUUGAAACUAUUUAUGGUUAUAUUGAUGAUGAUGUUUGUUGUGCUGUCACAUUAUUUCUAAAAUGCUUUCUUGAAUGUUUGCGCGAUGACUGCUGGAGCCAUGAUGGUAUUGAAGAAGGAUAUGCAACUUUCAGAAAAUUAUGUCUUCCACCCUUGUUGCAAGGGCUUGUAUCUGGAAAUUCAAAACUCCGAACAAACUUGAAUACCUAUGCUCUCCCUGCCUUGCUUGAGGUUGAUUCAGAUAGCAUAUUUCCAAUGUUUUCUUUCAUAUCCCUCGGGCCUUUCUUCAAGGGAGAAUUAACUGUGGAUCUGAAGCUUGAUUCAUGUGUAGCUGCUGUUGUUUCCUUGCUCAAGGUGUCUAGAACACUGGCUCUUAUAGAGGGGGAUAUUGAUCUGGAGCCGGACUCUUUGAACGAGCCAUGCGGUUCCAGAGGUUUUGCUGUUGUUUGCUUAAAAGGGACUAAUGUUAGAGUGCUUGUUGACUGGUUAAUUCUUGCUUUGACACAUGCCGAUGAAUGCUUACGGAUUGAUGCGGCAGAGUCUCUGUUUUUGAAUCCCAAAUCAGCCAGUCUCCCGUCCUCUUUAGAGCUUAUGUUGAUGAGAGAGGCUGUUCCUUUGAAUAUGCGCAGUUCUUCAACAGCGUUUCAGAUGAAAUGGACAAGCUUGUUCAGGAAGUUCUUUGUUCGGGUGAGGCUAGCUUUAGAGAGGCAGGUAAAACAAGGUCUAUGGAAGCCUGUUACGUGCAAUGGUGGUGCGAGCAUUUCAACUGCUGAUUUGUCUGGUGUAUCUGUGAUCCAUAGGGCAGAACAUCUUUUCCAGUUCAUGAAGUGGUUGAGUAGCUUUCUCUUUUAUUCAUGUUACCCUUCUGCCCCAUAUGAGAGGAAAACAAUGGCCAUGGAGCUAAUCAUUGUAAUGAUGGAUGUUUGGCCUCCAAAGAUGUUGCAAGACAAUCAUAAUAUCUGUCCUUACAGUGAAGGAUUGAUUUCUGCAGAUUCAACUUUGUUGUUAGUUGGAUCUAUAAUUGAUAGUUGGGAUAAAUUAAGACAAAAUUCUUUCCGCAUUCUCCUAUGUUUUCCCACUCCUCUUCCUGGUAUUUCUUCUCAUGAUACUGUGAACAUGGCAAUUCAUUGGGCAAAAAGACUGGUCUACAGUCCACGUGUUAGGGAGAGUGAUGCUGGUGCUUUGACCUUUCGACUAAUAUUUAGGAAAUAUGUCAUGGACCUUGGAUGGAAUAUUCAAAAUUCUCUUAGUAGCGCUCAAAUUGAUUCCCAGUCACAUCUUAUGAGUAGUGGUUCAAACAUUUUCAGCAGAAAGGCUCCACUUUUGGCUUACAUAUACGCACUUAUUGAAUGGCUUCGUGUUUCUGUUGAAGAGGGCGAAAAAGAUCUCUCUGAAGCAUGCAGAAACAGUUUUGUUCAUGGGGUACUGCUUACUCUGCGGUACACAUUUGAGGAGUUGGAUUGGAAUUCCGAGGAAGUAGUGUCAAGUAGCAUGGAUUUUAGAUGCUUACUUCAGAAUCUUUUGGAGUUGAUUAUGAGAGUGACUUCAUUGGCCCUUUGGGUGGUUUCUGCAGAUGCAUGGUAUAUGCCAUAUGACAUGGAUGAUGUGAUUGAUGAGGCUAAUUUUGUUUCAGAUUCCUCGUUGGGGAUGGAUUCAAUAGAGUCCUCUUUAGAACAAGUGUACACAGUUAAGAAAUAUGAUAAUAAUGAAAAACCAGCAGAACAUGCUGUUAUGGUUGGUUGUUGGCUUGCAAUGAAAGAGGUGAGUCUUCUCUUAGGAACAAUCAUUAGGAAAGUUCCAUUGCCAAGCUGCUCUUUAUUUGAAUCAUCUAUGCAUGAUUAUCCUGUUAGAAAUGGUGAUGAUACAGACGUGAUUGUAACUGAAGAUGGAUUGCUUGAUUUGCAACAACUGGAAUCAAUAGGAAGCCAUUUCUUGCAAGUUCUGUUAAAGAUGAAACACAAUGGUGCAAUUGAUAAGACCAGGGCAGGCUUCACUGCCCUUUGCAAUCGUCUUCUAUGCUCAAAUGAUCCUAGGCUUUGCAAAAUGAUAGACGCUUGGAUGGGGCAGCUGAUGGAGAGAACAAUAGCUAAAGGGCAAACUGUUGAUGAUUUAUUAAGGCGGAGUGCAGGAAUUCCUGCUGCCUUUAUUGCAUUUUUCCUGUCAGAGCCAGAGGGAACUCCAAAAAUGCUACUACCAAAAGCAUUGAGCUGGCUGAUUAAUGUUGCUAAAAUGUCAUUGAGCAAAGAUUGUGAAGGAAGUAACCAGAAUAAAGAAGUACCGCACAAGAUUUUUAUCGAGGAUCAUAAUGAAGCAAAUGGAAACGCCUCUAAGAUGAGAAACGAGGGUGUAAUACCAACUGUUCAUGCUUUCAAUGUGCUCAGAGCUUCUUUCAAUGACACAAAUUUAGCGUCGGACACUUCUGGUUUCUGUGCCGAGGCAUUGAUUGUUGCAAUACGUUCUUUCUCAUCUCCUCACUGGGAGGUCCGGAAUAGUGCUUGUCUUGCUUAUACUUCAUUGGUUCGUCGUAUGGUUGGAUUUCUUAAUGUUCAUAAACGAGAAUCUUCAAGACGGGCAUUAACUGGCCUUGAAUUCUUCCACAGGUACCCAGCUCUUCAUCCAUUUUUGUGCAGUGAACUGGAGGUCGCCACAAAACAACUUGGUGAUGAAUAUUCCAUGGAUGCAGUAUUGAACAUCACUAAAUCUGUUCAUCCAAGCUUGUGUCCAAUCCUCAUUCUCCUAUCCAGGCUAAAUCCAUCUCUUAUCAGCAGUGGAGCUGAUGAUCUUCUAGAUCCCUUUAUGCUUAUGCCUUUUAUACGGAGAUGCGGAACCCAAAACAACCUCCGCGUUCGUGUUCUUGCAGCAAGGGCUUUGAUUGGUUUAGUUUCUAAUGAGAAGCUGCAGGGUGUCAUCACUGACGCGGCCUGCAGUUUGCCGCUUGAAAGGCAUCUGAUGGCAAGAACCAACUUUUCUUUUAACUCAAUACAUGGAAUUCUCUUGCAGCUAUCUUCUCUUCUUGAUAACAAUUGCAUGAACUUGACUGAUAUUAUGAAGAAAGAUGACAUUAUCGGCGAAGUCAUCGACGCACUUAGGUGGCGUUCAUGGAUUGGUAGCACCCGGUCAUGUCCUUGUCCAUUGUUGAAUAGUUUAUAUCUAACAGUUUUGGAUCAGAUGAGUAGCAUUGCAUUGUCCUACUCAAGCAAGCAUACUAUAGCCAUUCAAACCCUGUUGAUGAAUCUAGCAUUUGAAUGCAUGAAUGAGAAAAAUAUUUCUGGUCCUGCUUUAUCUGACCCAACAAUGGUUGAGCUCCGCAAGCAAGCAGCUGCAUCCUAUUUCAGUUGCCUAUUUGGUACAAAAAAUGAAGCUCCAAACAAAUGUUUUGCGCUGCAGAAUUUUAGUAAGUCUACCUUUAACCCGAGUAAGCUACCUUCAAAUAAUAUUCCUGUCUCAGAACUUCAGGAAAGGAUAGUUUCCUGCAUCUCUGAUUCUAUGUAUGAAGUUAGAAUCAUAACGCUUAAAAAGCUUCUCCAAGUUGUGAACUUUAUGAUUUCUGGGAGCGAUGAUGAGAGAACCGCCAUUUGCAUAUGGGUGAAGACCAAUUUACAGUCUGUUCUGAUUCAGUUAUUAUCAAAGGAAGAGAACCCAAAGUGUAUUUACUACAUGUUAAAGAUCAUCUUCUCUUGCCGUGCCCUUCAAUCCAAUGAAUUUAUGGAUUGGAAUACAGCAUUCUGUUUCUGGGAUACGUUAGUUCAUCUGAAGGAUACAGUAAGGCGUGCAAAGACUAGAGAGAUUUUACAUUGUUGCAUGGCUAUAUGCACAAAGAGGUUUGCGAAAAUGCUUAGGAGCUUUAUUACAUCAGGUGACGAGCAUCAGAUACAAGGAGAGAUUACCAGAGCCUUUAAAUGCAUUAAUUCUUUCAUUAUACUAACUAAACAGCGCAGUGCGCCUUCUGAACCUGUUAACAUGAGGAGAGCUGCUGCAGAAGCCAUUGUAGCUUCAGGAUUGCUUGAAGAAGCCAUUUUUGUUGCUUCACAUGUGUCAAACAACUGUGUCCUAUCUGAAGCAGCUAAUGUUAUCGAAGAAGAAGAGCUUCAAGCUGAUAUUCCAGAGUUCGUGAAUCUCUAUGCUAGCAGAAUUCUAGAUUUAUGGUUCCUAUGCAUUCAGCUCUUGGAAGAUGAGGAUAUUUUGAUCAGGAAGAAUAUUGCCAUGGAUGUUCAGAAAUACGUCGAUUCCAGAGGCUUCGAGGUUCCAAGACAAGUUGAUCAAGUGAUUGAAUUAAUCCUUGGGUUCUUAUCCAAAAUCUUUAGCCACUGGCUCGAGUACAUAGAAUAUUUAUUGAGAUAUGUUUCAGUGGCUGCUGGCUCUGUGAGUUUUCAUGGCGAUCUGGUUCGGAAGAUUUUUGAAAAAGAGAUUGAUAACCACCAUGAAGAAAAGCUCUUGAUAUGCCAAAUCUGUUGUUUUCAUUUGGAAAAACUACUAGUUCCAGGAUUAGAAGGCCUCUGGGUGAAAUUAUUGCGGAGAUGGAGACUAAGAUUCUUAGAUCAACUGAUAUCAUUUGCUGAUGGUUUCCUUGCGACAGAGGGAGAUAAGGACUGGAUUGGAGGCAUAGGAAACCACAAGGAUGCUUUUAUAUCACUCUAUACCCUUCUACUUGGCCUUUAUGUCCUUUUUCUAUCAUCUGAGGGCGUGAGAGAUCUAGAUGAGCUGUAUUUAUCCAAGUUUUCUGAAUUUAAGAAAAUUAUGAGACCAUUUCUCCAAAAUCUUCUAAUAUCAAAUUUGUUUCUUAAAUUAAUUAAAUUGGUUGAAAGGUUGGGGGUUUCUCUUGGUUUAGAGUCUUUGGAGCCAAAAGAUUACAACUCCGGCUGGGAAGAAUUUGAUCCCUAUUUUCUUUUAAGGUGAUGUCAACCUAUGUUAUUCUUCCUUUUUUUUUUUAAUUUGGCUUGGAAUGUUGUACCAGGUAAAAAUGUUUAAUGUUCAUUAAAUGGAAGGUGGUCUUUUCAAAGUUUA